UUUCUCACACUUAGUUGCUGCGGCUUCUUCUCAUUUCACCUCUGAAACCCUAAUUCUCUCCAAACCCUUCCACAAUGCCGCCAAAGCUCGAUCCAUCUCAGGUCGUCGAUGUUUACGUCCGUGUCACCGGAGGUGAAGUCGGAGCAGCGAGUUCACUCGCUCCAAAGAUCGGUCCACUCGGUCUUUCUCCAAAAAAGAUCGGAGAAGACAUAGCCAAAGAAACCGCAAAAGAUUGGAAGGGUCUUAGGGUUACCGUCAAGCUCACCGUUCAGAAUCGUCAGGCUAAGGUCUCCGUUGUUCCUUCUGCUGCGGCGCUUGUUAUCAAGGCUUUGAAGGAACCUGAACGUGAUCGGAAAAAGGUGAAGAAUAUCAAGCAUAAUGGUAAUAUUUUGCUUGAUGAUGUUGUUGAGAUUGCGAGGAUUAUGAAGCCAAGGUCUAUGGCGAAGGAACUUUCUGGUACUGUGAAGGAGAUUCUUGGGACUUGUGUUUCUGUUGGUUGCACUGUUGAUGGAAAGGAUCCUAAGGAUUUGCAGCAGGAGAUCAAUGAUGGUGAUGUUGAAAUUCCUCAGGAUUGAUUUUUAAACUCUGUUAUCUGUUUUGUUUUAUUUGUGGUUCUUUGAUAUAAUUUUGAGGAUUUGUUGAACUUUUUUGUUUGGUAAUUUACUGUUUUGGAUAAUUUAGAUCAUUUUGUGACAGAUUUUACCAGCUUAGUUAAAUUAUCGUUAUGGCAUAUGUUAUUUC